AUGGCAGUUCCCCGUCACGAUACUCGACACGCCGUCUCGAAGCCCAAAAUCACGAUAAUCCAAAACCAGCCGCUAUCAGAAUUGUUACCUUAUGGUUCUUUGAUUCUUGGAAUCAGCCUCAUUUUUGUCAUACUUCUGUCAAACAUAUUAGAGCGAUGGGUUUUGCGAAAGGCCUAUACUGAGGUGUACAACGGACUGGAACGAGGCAAGGACGAAAGGCGACGUCGCUCGUUUGUAUAUUUUCACAUUGGCAUCAUGAUCAUGCUCUCACUUCUGGCUGCUGGCGCGUAUCCUGUCCUUUACUUUCUUACUGGAGCAUCCGACUUUUCAACCCUCCUAAUAGGCAACAUUACACUGGGCGACGUGUUAUUCAUAUUGUCGGAGAUUUAUAGCUCGUACUAUUUCUUUGAGCUUUGCUUUCGCACCAAAUUCUCUAGUCCUAUUAGCAUCGCCCAUCAUUUUGGACUCCUUGCUGUGAUACAAACAGCUUUGGCGCUUUUCGCAGAUAUCGGCAGCCAUCCAGAAGCAACAUUGGAGUUUUACAUGUGUAUGGUUUGGGGCGCUUUUGACGUCGUGACAGAAAUUCCCAUCUAUGGCUCGAUGAUAGUCUGGCGUCUGAGACGCGAUAAUAGCCAACUGCUAGUCCACAUUGCGUAUGGCUGUUCUUGCUGGGCAACAACAGCGGCUGCUGUUGAAGUUGCAAUCACUAUCUACCUUCUUCAUCUAUCCUGGGAUCGCUGGGGCGCUAUCUGGAGAAUCGUCACGCCUAUCAUUUUCGCUCUUUGGAUUGUCACACAACUAUACGGCGCUUUUAGAUUCUUUAAAAUGGCUCAGACUCAGCGGUCUAAAUAG